AUGAAGGCUGGGUUUCACAAGGUAGAAGCGCAAUCUGAUUCCAAGCAAGCAGUGGAGAUUAUUAAGGGUAUUGCUGGGAGAAAUCAUAGCAACUUGCAGCUAGUUAUCCAGAUUCGAAGAGUACUUGCUAAUUGUGUUGAUUUUGAUCUAUGUCAUACGUAUAGGGAAGCUAAUGUGUGUGCAAAUGAGUUAGCUAAAGUUGGGAAAAGUCUUAGUGGUGGUAGUAUAGUUUUCUAUCAUAUUCCUCAUUCUGUUUUGAGUAGUUUCGAGGAUGAUCUUAUUGGGGUGUCUUCCCCUAGGAUUGUUGCUCUUUAUAUGUGCUCUAUAUUUGCAAAUCGUAACAAUGGUGGCCAAAACAUUGAUGUUGUUAGUUAUGGUGCCAAGGGUGAUGGAAAUACCGAUGAUUCAAAUGCAUUUUUGAAAGCAUGGGAAGACGUGUGUGGUACAACGAAAGAUAGCCCAACACUUAUAAUACCUCAAGAUAAAACAUUUAUGUUGCAACCUAUGAAAUUUGAAGGUCCUUGCAAAUCUAAGACAAUUAAUGUUCAGAUAAUGGGAACUAUCAUUGCUCCAAAAAAUAAGAAGAGUUGGAAAUGGGAUAAUAACGAUAGUGAAUCUUGGAUUGCAUUCUCUCAUGUGAAUGGGCUUGUUAUCAGUGGAGAAGGAACAAUUGACGGUCAAGGUAGUUCUUGGUGGAACAAUGUUGGCGAAGGUCAUAGACCAACAGCUCUUCGAAUUAUUGGAUGUGAAAAUAUAAAACUAAGUGGUUUGAGACACAUUAAUAGUCCAAAAAAUCAUUUAAGCAUAACUUCUUGCACUGGUGCUUUAAUCUCCAAUCUUCAUAUGACAGCUCCGAAAGAUAGUCCUAACACUGAUGGGAUUGACAUUUCAUCGUCAACACACAUAGUCAUCCAACAAUCAGUCAUCUCAACUGGAGAUGAUUGCGUCGCUAUUAACUCAGGAUCCCAAUUCAUAAAUAUAACUGAUGUUUACUGUGGACCUGGUCAUGGCAUCAGUGUUGGAAGUCUUGGAAAAGGUAGGAGUUAUGCUACAGUAGAAGAUGUAUAUGUACGAAAUAUAACCUUCACAGGAACAACUAAUGGUGCCAGAAUCAAGACAUGGAUAGGGGGAUCUGGAUAUGCAAGGAAGAUAACUUACGAAGAUAUUAAACUUUUUGGUGUAAAGAACCCAGUGAUUAUUGAUCAACAGUACGAUGCUUUACUAGGAGAGAGCAUCAGAGCUGUGAAAGUGAGUGAUGUUACUUUCCGAAACAUUGAAGGAACUGCAAACGAUGAGAAAGCAAUUGAAUUGAAUUGUGAUCAUAUUGGAUGCACCAACAUUGUACUCGAAAAUAUUAAAAUAACUGGUCUUGAUGGAAAGAAAAUAUCUGCAUCAUGCCAAUAUGUAGAAGGGUCAAGCUCUGCAUGCAUACCAAAUGUCCCAUGUCUUUCUUGA